AUAAGAGAGAGGUUCAGGAUAAGAUUGAUUUUUGUUCUAUAAAUAAAUAGUGGCAAAUACUGUGAAAAACAUUGACCACGGAGCUCCACCAAAAGAAGAAGAAGAAACAAAGAACCCUAAACCCAAUGGAGGAAGAGAAGAAGAAGAAGAAGAAGAAGAAGAAGAAGAAGAAGAAGAAGAAGAAGAGAAAGUUUCUGGUUCUCGCAGAGUCGGAGCAAAGCAGCAAGGAAAAUAUUCCCUACAGUAGUAGGAGUGGUGGUGAUGAUGCGAUGGACAAAUUGGGAGAUGAUAUGAUAGUAUUGAUUCUGUCCAAAUUGACAAUUGCGGAUGCCGUGAAGACAAGUGUGCUGGGUCGCAGAUGGCGCGACCUGUGGAGGCGCGCUUCCUCCGAUUUUGUGUUUGAUCUCACAAACUCCUCUGAAGGAAUAGCUGUAAUGAAAAAUAACCCAACACUGAUCCAAACAAUGAAGCAGUUGAUGGAAUGGCAACAGAAAGACCAACCCAAUUCCCAAAUAGACAAGGGUAUGCUUGGGUUCUACUUCAAUUACGAAACUGUUUGGGGUCGACGUUAUGAUGAAGAUGAUGUGGUGCACGUUAUCCAGGAUUGGAUUCGUUUUGCCAUUCAAAAGAAAGCCCGCGUUCUGUCGCUGUCUGCCACUCCAUCUCUUGUUUUCGAUCUCAAUUACGAACCCUCCUCUUCUCCCCCAGAACGCGGCUCGUUCUUCAUCUCAUUCCCACCCCAGUUGAUCACAGCUAAUCCCAACAACGGCUGUUGUUUUGGUUCGCUGACAUCCUUAACCUUGGUCAACUGUUACUUGAGAGAUGAUGCCAUGGAAUGUGUCUUGUCCAACUCCCCGCUUCUUCAAGAGUUGCGUCUUAGUGGAACAUGUUUGACGAAUCUCAGAAUUGUUCAUAAUUCAUGCCUCAAGGUGUUGAGCAUCCGCAUUUCCCCACGGGGGCGCAUAUUUUACGCCGUGAAGAUUUCGGCUCCAAAACUCGAGUCUUUCGAGUACCUCACCCACGAUUUUCCUUCCUUUCACUUCGGCAUUCGCUUUGAGAAUGUGCCCCUCCUCUCCAAACUCUCAAUGGGGGCUGUCUAUCUCAAUUCUUUCACUUAUGACACGGACAAGCAUCGUUCCUACUCCAACCAACUCCAACACCUCGUCAUUCAUUGCUCUUGUGUCCAGGAUCAUAGCUUCACUGUGUUGCAUAGAAAAUGUGCCGAUUUUCCAAGGUUAAAAAGUCUCAAACACUUGAAACUGGUGAUUUAUACCCUACCUGGUGCCAGUCUCCUCUACUAUGUUGCCUGCAUUGGGCAGUGCCCUUUCGUGUCCGACUUGUCCGUUCAGUUCCUUGACGAGGAUGUACAACGGUACAACGAAAACAAGGAAAAUAAUCAUCCAUACAGUCACUGUACUAGUGGUGAUGUGAUGGACAAAUUGGGAGAUGAUGUAAUAGUGUCGAUUCUGUCCAAUUUGAAAAUUGCGGAAGCAGUGAGGACUAGCGUGCUGGGUCGCAGAUGUCGUUACUUAUGGAGAUUGGGUUCCCCGCAAUUUGUAUUUGAACUUACAAAUAAUAAUUCCGGAAGAGCAGAAAAUAAUCCAAAAGUGAUGCAAGCAAUGAAGCAGUUGAUGGAAUGGCAAUUGUAUCACCAACCAAAUUCCCAAAUAGAUCAUUGCAUCCUUGCGUUCUACUUCAAUUGCGAUGUUUGGGGUCGUGUUCAACAAGAUGAUUUGGUCUUCCUUAUCCAGAAUUGCAUUCGUUUUGCCAUUCAAAAGAAAUCCCGAAUUCUAGCACUGCUUGGCAUUCCUGCUUUUAAUCGCAAUUACGUAAACCCACCCUUCCAAGACUGCAAAUUCUUCAUCUCGCGCCAGUUGAUCACUGCUGCUGGCGCAGGCGCCGGUGGCUGUUGUUUUGGUUCCCUAACAUGCUUAGUCUUGGCCAGCUGUGACAUGGAAGAUGAUGCCAUGGAUUGUUUCUUGUCCAAUUCUCCACUUCUUCAAGAUUUCCGUCUCAUGUAUGGUGGAAGACGUUUGAGGAAUCUCAACAUUGUCAAUAAUCCAUGUCUCAAGGUGUUGAGCCUCCGCACUUCUCCAGGGUUGCCGAUAUUUAACACCUUGAAGAUUUCUGCUCCAAAACUCGAGUUUUUCGAGUACCUCACCCACGAUUGUAGCGACUUUCAACACCACGUUCGCUUUGACAAUGUGCCCCUCCUCUCCAAUCUCGCAAUGGGGGCUUCUCAUCUCAGGUCUUUCACUUAUGAGACACACCUGCAUCGUCCCUACUCCAACCAACCCCAGCGCAUCGUCAUGCACUGUAAUCGUCUUCAGGAUUAUAACUUCACCGUGCGGCAUAGUAGAUGUCCAACUUUUCCUAGGUUAAAAAGUCUCAAACACUUGGAACUGGUGAUCAAUACCCUACCUGGUGCCAGUCUCCUCUACUAUGUUGCCUGCGUUGCGCAGUGCCCUUUCUUGUCCGACUUGUCCGUUCAGUUCAUUUACGGGGAUAUACCAAAUUCCGGGAGAAACCAGGCCAGGUAUCUGAAUGAAUCUCCGAAACAAAGACUGAAACUAGAGAAGCGAGUGAGUGAAAUUUGUCACAGGCAUCUAAGAGUGGUGAAACUGAUAAAUUUCAAUGGACGAGAUGAGCAACAAUUUCAGUUUUUUACCCAAUUGCUUCGAUUGUGCAGAUUCUCAUCAUCAUUGCAGACUAUAUUCAUGAAACACAAAUCGGAUUCUCACAUCACAAUCAUCGAUAUCCCUACUACUGCUGCUGCUCCAAAACAAUCUACCGUCCAAUCCUGAAUUAUUUUGGUGGUUAUCUAAUUAGAGAAGCAUAUUACUAUAUACAGUAUUUUAUUGUUUACUUCUUUUCUACUAGAGGACAAUUUUCAAAUUUCAUAUGUUUCAUCUACUAAUUCACAUUCUUGCAUGUUCAAGAAAAUAAAAGACUUCUUUUUGUUGAACUGUUUUAACUAGUAUUGAAUGUCCACAUGCGGCCUAAGAUAUAGAUCGCAUAAGUGAGCUCUGGGAGAAAUUACAGUCCAACA